ACCAGGAGUCGGGUUGAUCAGAGGGGUGUGAGGAGAGACCCUCUGCAGGUAGUAGGGCCUGGGGCUCCCAGGACCUUUGGGUGUGUAGGGGUUGGAGAAGGAGGGUGUAGGGGUGUCAGGCCAGGUGAUUGACCCCGGCAUCCCUGGUUCUGCCCGCAGUGACUGCAGCUCCCCAGGAACCCCCUGCCCAGCCUCCCCAGGCAGGCAGUGGAGUUGGCCGGGCCCCUGGGCGUGCCAUGCGCAGCACCACACUACUAGCACUGCUGGCCCUGGUCCUGCUCUACCUGGUGUCUGGUGCCCUGGUGUUCCAGGCCUUGGAGCAGCCCCAUGAGCAGCAGGCCCAAAGGGAGCUGGGGGAGGCGCGAGAGAAGUUCCUGAGGGCCCAUCCAAGUGUGAGCGACCAUGACCUGGGGCUCUUCAUCAAGGAUGUGGCUGAUGCCCUGGGAGGGGGCGCGAACCCUGACACCAACUCAACCAGUAACAGCAACCAUUCAGCCUGGGACCUGGGCAGUGCCUUCUUUUUCUCAGGCACCAUCAUCACAACCAUCGGCUAUGGCAACGCAGCCCUGCGCACAGAUGCUGGGCGUCUCUUCUGCAUCUUUUAUGCGCUGGUGGGGAUCCCGCUGUUUGGGAUACUGCUGGCCGGGGUCGGGGACCGGCUGGGCUCUUCCCUGCGCCGCGGCAUCGGUCACAUCGAAGCCAUCUUUCUGAAGUGGCACGUGCCACCGGGACUGGUGAGAAUUCUAUCCGCGGUGCUCUUCCUGCUGAUCGGCUGCCUGCUCUUUGUCCUUACGCCCACGUUCGUGUUCUGCUACAUGGAGGGCUGGAGCAAGCUGGAGGCCAUCUACUUCGUGGUGGUGACACUCACCACGGUGGGCUUCGGGGACUACGUGGCCGGGGCCAGUCCCAACCAGAACUUUGCAGCCUACCAGCCGCUGGUGUGGUUCUGGAUCCUGCUCGGCCUGGCCUACUUCGCUUCAGUGCUCACCACCAUCGGGAACUGGCUGCGAGUCGUGUCCCGCCGCACUCGCGCAGAGAUGGGUGGCCUCACGGCGCAGGCCGCCAGCUGGACGGGCACGGUGACCGCGCGGGUGACCCAGCGAGUUGGGCCCACGGCACCACCGCCGUCGGAGAAGGAGCGGCCACCCCUGCCUCCACCGCCUUGCCCGGCGCAGCCCCCCAGCAGGCCCCUGUCCCCUGCGGCCCCGGAGAAGACCGAGCCUUCCUCCCCGCCCACGCCGCCCACGCCGCCCACGGCCUCCGCGCUGGACUACCCCAGCGAGAAUCUGGCCUUCAUCGACGAGUCCUCGGACACGCAGAGCGAGCGCGGCUGCGCGCUGCCCCGCGCGCCACGGGGUCGCCGCCGCCCCCUCAAUCCCCCCAGGAAACCGUCGCGGCCCCGCGGCCCGGGGCGCCCCCGGGACAAAGGCGUGCCCGCGUAGAGGGAGGACCCCGG